AUGGCAUUAUCUACUAUCUUAAGUAUUCAACCUAGAGAAAGUGCUCAAACGAGUGACUCAGAACAAAAGACCAAGACUCCAGAUGAAAGUGUUCUAGAACUUUGUGAAAUUCUUGCAUAAAAACUACCAUUUUAAAUUAAGGAAUAGGAAAAAAAGAAAAAAUAAAAUGCUCCUUAACAUACUUCAUCUGAAAUUGAUUCUCUUAAGGUUUGUUUGAAUUAGGAAGUUCAAAGAUUUAAUAAGUUAUUAUCAGUUAUUGGAAAUUCAAUCAAAAAUUUAUAAGCUGCUAUCAAAGGAGAAGUUGUAAUGUCAGCUGAACUCGAUAAAAUGGCUAACAGAGCCUAUCCUUCUUUGAAGCCAUUGGCCUCGUUUUAUGACGAUAUGAUAAAAAGAGUCAAUUUCUUCAGAGAUUGGUUUAACUUAGAAUUUGGCUAUCCUAAGGGUUAUUGGAUUUCAGCUUUCUUCUUCCCAUAAGGUUUCCUCACUUCAGUUCUCUAGACAUUUGCAAGAAAAAAUUAAAUUGCUAUUGAUGUUCUUGGAUUCAGUUUCAAAUUCUUUAAUUAUGUAGAUAGUGAAAUGAUAACAUCAACCCCUGAGAAUGGAGCCUACAUAUAUGGGUUAUAUGUUGAGGGAUGUAGAUUUGAUUUGAACAAAGGAAUAAUAGAAGAUCAGUUGCCAGGAUAAACUAUCUAUGAGGCUCCAAUCAUACACUUUAUACCUACUUAAGACUAUAAACCCAAUCCAAAUGAAUAUUCAAUGCCUCUUUAUAAAACAAGUCUUCGGGCAGGAGUGUUAUCAACUACAGGACAUUCGACUAAUUUCAUAAGAGCAAUUGAGUGCCCUACAAAGAAGAACCCUGACUAUUGGAUUCUUAAUGGAGCUGCCUUCACAACCCAACUAAAUGAUUGA